AUGUCAGGGAAGCGCGAUUCAUUUCUGUCCCUCCCGACCAAGAAAUGGAAGAAGAUACUUGGUCUCGGGCUCGAAGAUGAUGAGAUACAAGCCAAAGUCCUUGAGGCUACCUCAGGCAACCAAGUCAACAAUGACCUCUCCAGCUUCAGUCAGGUCGUCCAGUUGACCGGUUCUGGAAUCCUCGAUGAAUACGCACGGAAUUUGCGUGACUAUCACCAUAAACGAGUCCUCCAAGUACAGUUAUGGGAUAUCCGGACACUCGUUGAGGACAAUCGGCAGCUCGACAAGGAACGAGAAGAUUCCUCGUACAAUGGAUGGCUUGACAAAGUCAUUAGGCCGCCCCCGCCACGCCUAGGUUCGGGAUACAUACUCCCCAACUCGAGUUUAGGUCUCCCAAACCUGACACCAAUUCCAGCGUCAUCGGCUCGUGUGAGUCCUUCGGGAAGCUUUUCUGGUUCAACUGCACCUCUCAGCCCAGAGCUUCCCAGCAAGUCAACAUCUGCAAUUUGGGACGGACGCUGGCAAAAUCAGGGCGGGAUGGACAAUGCCGUUGGGUUUCCUGCUGCGGACAACGGGGGACGUUCAACGCCUCGAGACUUCACCACAGACAGAUCCAGAGAAAUGCACCACAAAAUGGUGGCAAAGUUAACCCUACAGGCCAUUCAUAUGCUGCUAGCAUGUGAAUCAAUCAUAGAAUUUCUCCAGACGAACGGGGACAAAUUAUUGUUCUCCACAGAGCGCGACGCAGGGCUAUGGAAUAUAUAUAUGACCGAAAUUUCCAAGCACGGCACCUACAAUAUGAGACGAUGUCGAAAAGAACUUGCUAAAUACUUUCAAGACAUUGAGGGAGAUCCAUCAGAGGAGCUCCACGGACUGGGUGGCUCAAUACUGGAGAAAGCUAUGAAGGAAAUGCGAGGCCUAUCACGCUUUUUUGCAAACCUCGCCAACUUUGGAGGUGCGUGCGUUUUUGCCGACGAUGCGUUGGGACUCACCUCUUCUCGUCUUUUCAGCGAAUCAGCGAAUGAAAGAUUCGAUUAUGUGGACGAGUGGGAGGUGCAAAUCAACGAGAUUGAAGCAAGGAAUAGGGACAAUAUUAUGGGUGAUAUGAACGAGGUGGAGAAACGGGACUUGCAAUUUCGACGAACCCAUCUCGAUCUCGCAGUGGCGAUGAGGAAGAUAGCAGCGCAAUUUGCCGACUUCGCGCGUAAACCAGGCUCCGGACCCUCAGAGAAUUUCAAGAUGCUUUACGUCUCGAAACCAUCUGGGCCAGGAACGGUUGCACCAACACAGACUCUUCUUGAAGUGCCAAGAGAAGAACCAAACCUGACGUUUCUUACUGCUCCACAGGAACUGAGAUAUAAGACCAGGUUUGAUUUCCUUGCGGAUGAAGGUUCACAUGUUGUAUCCAGAGAAAAGACCACAAAGUCCAUACAGAGAUUGAAAAUCCAUCCGCGCUCGGUAGCACAUAUUUGGCAAGCUGUUGAGGAUGUGACCUCUUCAAAUGAGCUCUACUUUCCAGAGUAUGCCUUGGCUAUGUAUCUUGGCAAUGAACUGCGCGAGGGCAGGUCUAUACCGUUGAAGGUGCCGCCAACUAUCAAGAAGAAUGUUGAAGACCGAGUCAAUUUCAUCGUGGCGAACAUUGUCCAGAAGGAGGAAGAUCAGCCAGAUCCAACACAGCAUUGGAUUUGUAAAGACGUUGAACUUGGGAGAAGAAUCAAUGAAGUCGGUGACCAAGUGAGACGCGCUUUGAUUGAAAUGACUGAAGAGGAGGAGCACGCUUGUAUUUCCGACGAGGAGACGAGUGGUUCACAUACAUUGGGACUUUCUUGGACACCGGGCCGGGGAAGCAGUAUCGGAGAAACUCACCGAACGAACGAACAAGAGACUGAAAUCACCGAGCUUAUGGAAUUGCAGACUACGAUAAAGGGCACACAAGGUGAAGAUUUGGAAGUAGAAGGGGAGAUGAAACAUGUAGACCCAAGCCUCGCGAAGAAUACAUGGAGCGAUAUUCCCGUGCGGGAUGGGAAUCUUGAAAGCGAGGCAGCACUGAACGAUCGGGAUGGAGCAUUAUUGAGGGCACAUGAAGUCAAGCGGCCACGAGUUGCUGAACAAGAGCCACAGGAAGCAGACGCAGCUAAGGCCAAGGUUAAACUACCACGAGAUAUGGAAGAGGAUGAAGAACAAGUUGAUAAAGCUGUAGCUGAAGCACGACGAUGGACCGAAGCUGCAGCUGAAGCACGAAGAUGGACCGAAGCCGCAGCUGAGGAGAGACGACAGGUUGAAGAGGCAGCUGAAGAACAACGACGAAUUUUAGAAGAGGCAGCUGAAGAACGACGACGAGAUUUGGAAGAGGAAGAAAGACGAGUCCUUGAAGCUGCGGCUGAGGCCGAAGCUGAAGAACAACGACAGCCUGUGGAAGCGCAGCAUAAACGAGAGACGCAAAUCCAACGACAACAAGAAGUCAGCUCGGGGGAUCAAGAGGGCUGUGAUGAGCCAACUGGUGAGCUGUCCCUCGACAGGGUGGAGAAUCUUGUAAUGCCGAGGGAAGAAACAGAAAGGAACAUCACAGCAAGCACUCCCGGAGAGGAUCAUUCGGAACUUGUAGAUAUUGCACCACAAUCCGAGCAGCUGCAAAAUCCCGACAGCAACGAGGAGGAUUCACGGAGACAAACUUUGACCAAGGGAAGAGAAACCCCUACGCCUUCGACGGGAGAGGGCACAGCAACAGGGACGCAGAUGCCCCAACACCGGCAGAUGGAGUUAUUAGGGCAUCCGGACGAUAGACAUCAGACCCCCUCUCCAAAGCUAAGAAUACAACGACAACAGACGCCGAAUUCGGAUCUAAGCAGCAUCAGCAGUAGCAGGACUAUUCCUGAUCUCGUGCGCGACUCGAAGCUUGAGACAGCCUUUGCCCCUAAUGGCCAAGUCGUUCGCCAUAUUUCAUACGCAACGAAUCCCCGCAUGCGCCGGCGCCGUAUUCGUAAGGAAGAAAUUUGGGAAAGGCAGAGUGAGCUGGGGAGCGGUGCCUUUGGGCGAGUGUGGCUAGGGAAGUGCGCCACCGGAGAUGACAUUGGGAAGCUUCGUGCUGUCAAAGAAAUAACCAAGCUCCAGCGCCAACGCCGGAGCAGCGAGAUUGAUUACAACCGAGAGUUGGAGGCCAUUGCCAAGUUCUCCCACAAGAAGUACGUCCAUUGCUUUGUGCAGUCAUUUGGGUGGUAUGAGAGCGAGGAAGCAAUCUUCAUCGCAAUGGAGUACUUGGAACAUGGCGAUCUCCAAAGUCACUUGGUCAGACCAUUUCCCGAAGAUGAAGUGAGGGACAUUGUAUUCCAACUUCUCGAGGGUCUGAGUUUCAUGCACGAGAAUGGCUUCGCUCACCGUGACUUAAAGCCAGCCAACAUUCUCGUCUCUGAGCACUCGCCAAAUUGGUGGGUCAAGAUCAGUGAUUUCGGGAUUUCCAAGAGAGCCGAGGAGGAGGCUACUGCGUUCCGUACACUCGUGGGAACCCGCGGAUAUAUUGCUCCCGAGGUCAUCGGGAUUUAUUGCCCAGAGGAUAUUGCUACGAUCGCGGACUCUUCAAGUCUGUACACUGUGGCUGUUGAUCUGUGGGCGCUGGGGGCUAUAAUGUUUAAACUGCUCACGCAUGAAAAUGUUUUUGCUGAGCCUCUUGAGCUGGCGAGAUAUGUCACCGCCAGACGGCCCUUCCCUAGGGCUCUGGUCUCGGAGAAAGGGGUAAGUGAGGCGUGCAUGAGCUUCCUCGAACAAGCGAUGGCGCACUCACCAACCUCCCGUCCGACCUCCUCCCAAGCUUUGGCACAUGAAUGGUUGGCAGAAUUAUCGAACCCAGCAGACUCUCCAGUGGAGUUUCCCGAUACAAUGUCUGCUUCAACUGGGCUCUCCCCAGGGCCAUUCACGCCUGUUCCAGGCGAGUCCACUGCUAGUGCAGCGUGGCCGUCGACCUUUUCAUAA